CAUCCCCUCACCCACAUCCCUUACCGCAACCCCGCAAAGCGAAUCUCAUCCUCUCUCAUUAUGCUGGUCUACCUUACGAACUUCUUCAUAGCAUGGCUCGCCUACUUUUGGCAGCCGAAGCAACAACCCUGCAGUAGUUUAACCCUGCCACAUAUCCCCGGGGUUGACAUCAUAUCCAUGACGCGCCAAGAGGUCCAUAACUACAGCGUAGCAGCCUCCCCGCCAUACAAUCUCGCAGACGUACACAAUCUUGACUUCUGCAACGUAUCCGUCACUCUGACUCACCCUGGUGAAGAUGACACCGUCUCCGUCUCUGUCUGGCUCCCCCUAAACAACUGGAACGGCCGUUUCCAGGCUACUGGUGGCGGCGGCCUCGCAGCCGGAAUCAUUGGCUUAGCACCAGCUCACCCAGUCAGCCAGGGCUACGCAACAGCUGCUACCGAUGGCGGACUAACCUUGAAUGGAACCAGUAAUCCCCAGACGGGGGCCUGGAUUCUGCGCCCCGACGGUUCCAUCAACACUGCUCUGCUACUGAACUUUGCCCAUCGCUCGAUCUAUGACAUGACUAUCAUCGGGAAGACUCUCACCGAGCGCUUCUACGGAUCCCCGCCAAGAUACUCCUACUGGAGCGGCUGCUCUACCGGCGGCAGGCAGGGAUACUUUGCUGCAGCAAAGUAUCCGAAUCUCUUUGGUGGAGUUCUCGCCGGUGCACCGGCCCUCAAUUUCCCACGUUUGAUCGGGUAUAUGUUCUGGCCGCCGGUGCAUAUGUUCCAUUCCGCAGCGCCGCCACAGUGCGUCUUUGACACCUUUUGGAAGGCAAUUAUAGACGAAUGCGAUCCACUUGAUGGAGCCACGGACGGGUUGAUAUCGGAUUACAAUCCACAGAGCUGCCCAUUCAAUCCCGAAACACUUGUUGGGCACACGGUAACAUGUCCAGAGAUGGGCUCAGAUUCCCCAGUGACCAUCACAGCCCAGCACGCCACCCUCGUCAAGCAAAUCCUGCAGGGCCCCGAUCUACAAGAUCACCCCAACCUCUGGACAGGCCUUCCACCGGGCGCCUCAUUCCGCGGAACGGCAAACACACAAGCAAUCAACGGAUCCAUCGUCAGGCCCGUCCCCUUCUUCCCCAUCAUCGGCUGGAUUAAGAACUUCGUUUAUCGGGACCCGGACUACAACGUAUUCGACAUGACCUUCGAUGACUUCAAUACCGCCUACCGCCUCACGCUGGACGGUUACAAUGGCAUUCUCGGAUCGGAUGAUCUCAAUCUCUCUGAUUUUCGUCAUGCAGGGGGGAAGCUAUUGACCUGGCACGGGUUGGCAGAUGAGUUAAUUCCAGCGUCGUGGACGAAUGCAUUCUGGGAGGGGAUUGAUAAGAAGGACGGUGCGGAUGUGGAUGAGUUCUAUCGGAUUUUCCUUGCCCCUGGGCUGGGACACUGCUCGGCUGGGCAUGGACCGAAACCAAUUGAUCCAUUGGGCGCGUUGGUGCGCUGGGUGGAGGAGGGGAUUGCGCCUGAUAGGUUGAGUGCGGCGGCUGUCAAGGCGGAUGGGAAGGAGGUGACGAGGGAGUUGUGUCGGUAUCCGGCGACGCUGGUUGUAUAUAUUUUCUUCGCCUUUUUUACCCGCAAGAGCAAGCAUCCGCCUCUACCUCCCGGUCCUCGACGGAAGCCCAUCGUGGGUAAUCUCUGGGACCUGCCCGAUCCAAGCCAGCAGGAUUGGCAGCACUGGCUGAAGCACAAGCAUCGCUAUGGCCCAAUUAGUUCACUCAGCAUCAUGGGCCAAACCAUCAUCGUCCUGAACGACGCCCGACUAGCGGUGGAAUUACUCGAGUCACGAUCGUCGAUCCACUCCUCGCGUCCACAACAACACUUCGCAGAGAUGGCGGGUUGGAACAACGUCCUCGGAGCGGUGAAGCAGUCCCAGCGCUUCCGAGCAACGCGCAAGAACCUGCAUAGGGAGAUUGGCUCCAACGUUUCGGUCGCUCGAUUCAAUGAAAUCCAGACAGCGGAGGUGGGUCGGUUUCUACUGAGGGUGCUGGAUGCGCCGGAUAAGCUGAUGAAGCAUAUACGCAAAGAGGCGGGCGCAAUCAUACUAAAGGUAGGGUAUGGAUAUACCAUCGAACCGCAUGAUCAAGACCCAUUGGUUGAUCUGGCCGACAAAGCAAUGAUGGAUUUUUCGAUGGCCAUGCUUCCAGCCACAUGGGCAGUGGACUUUUUCCCACCCCUAUCUUCCAUCCUGGUUUCCAGGCACAGAAUUCUAUUGAAGAUCGCACAACGCUAUCGAAAGAAUGUCACGGCAUUUAGCGACAUCCCAUACGCAUUCGUGAAGGAACAAAUGCGCACUGGCCGCUUUGUUCCCUCUUUUCUCUCCAACCUCCUCGAGAGCAGUGACCUAGAGCCUGGAUCCGAAGAAGAGAACACGGUCAAGUGGUCGGCUGGAUCGCUUUACGCUGGGGGUGCAGAUACGACCGUCUCCUCCAUAGCCAGCUUCUUUCUCGCAAUGGCCCUCUUCCCCGAAGUGCAGCGCAAGGCGCAGCAGGAACUCGACACGGUGAUCGGAACAGAUCGACUGCCGCAGUACGCGGACCGGGAACAUUUACCUUAUAUCAAUGCGUUAGUCAAAGAGACGUUCCGAUGGCAUCCAGUGGUACCCAUGAGCCUCACCCACACCUCAACCGCCGAUGAUGUAUGCGAGGGAUACUUUAUCCCUAAGGGGUCAUCAGUUCUUGCCAAUAUAUGGGCAUUCACCCACGACCCAGCAGCCUACCACGACCCCAUGACCUUCAAACCCGAACGAUUCCUUGGCCCAAAGCCAGAGCGAGAUCCUCACUUCCUUGUAUUCGGGUUCGGUCGACGAGUCUGUCCGGGGCGGACUCUGGCUGAUGUGAACGUGUAUCUCACUGUCGCUCAAGCACUUGCUGUGUUUGAGAUCUCGAAGCCAGUGGAAAACGGGAAAGUUAAGGAUGUUCAGCCGGAAUUUCUGCCCGGUGUCAUCAGCCAUCCUGCGCCGUUUGAUGUGUCUAUUCGGCCGAGGAGCGCGAAGCAUUUGGAAUUGCUUCGGUCGUUGGAGCAGAAGUAUCCUUGGGAGAAGAGUAAUGCAGAGGAUCUGAAAAAUAUCUAG